UUUACUAAUUACCGUAUUAAAAUUGGUUUAUCUAAAGUGACUGCACCAUAAAGAGGAGUAACUUGUCGAACAAAGUUGUUGACUGAACGGCUUCUCUACAACGCUCAAUGAUCCAGUUCGGUCAUGGUGCUGCCAACAUUUUGCUUUCGUCUCUCUCGCGCGACACCCUGUCAAGCUUAUUUAAAUUUAGUAUUGAUCGCCUUUCGUUCAAUUAUAUAGUGUACAUAAUAUAGUUUGACCUAUAAAAACAGCAGUUGGUUAAUGUUUCAGCGCCACAAGUUAUUACUUACUGGUCAAGCUUCGAAGUCAGAAGAGCCUCCGCCAUUGUAUGUCACUAAUAAUUUUAGUCGACCAAUAAGGUAUUUAACAAGUAUUCAUCUACAGAGAAUAUCAUACUGUCAAAAGUAAGUAGGCAAUUACACUUAAAUUGUAAAUUGUACCAGAUUGAACGUCGUAAGAUGGCGAGUGGCUUUGGGAACAUAAAAACAAACUCACCAGAAUCUCUUUUCUUUUUGUGCUUAAAGUAUUUAGCCGGCAAUUUAGACGUUCUGUGUCAAAAAACCCGCGAAGGGUACGCGCUGCGUGAAAAUGUUGCUGUGCCCAGUGUUUUUUGGAAAUUGAUUAUCGAAACCUGUCAAAAGAACGGCAUGGAUAUUAAUGACUCUUUUGCAAACAUAUUCAAAAACGACACAAAAACCAAAUUUAAAUCGUUAAGCCUGCGUAAUUCUAGCAUCAGCAUAAACGGUCUCGAAUUGUUUUUGCGUCAUAAUUUGUACGAGCUAACAUUAAUAGACUGUGACAGUCUAUCGUACGAGAUGUUUAAUAUACUAUUUGAUUAUGCUCACAACCUAGAGAUGUUGAACAUAGAUGCUGGUAUAAUAACCACUAAGCACUCGGAAAACAGUUCAAAACGAUUGUGUCGUAUAGUUCAAAAUAUCAAUCUAAAAGCGCCAAACCUUAAACAUCUGGUUUUAAGAAAACUUGUUAUUUCACCUUACUUUUCUCUGGACAACACAAAAUUAAAUCAUGAGUUCAGAGUGCUGAUGAUGAAACUUGAAAUAUUAGAUUUUUCAUACAGUUUGGGAAUUGAUUGUUUUUAUUACAACAUGUGUAAUCCUACUAAUUUGCAUACAUUAAUUCUAUUUAAUGCACAGAAUUUGGAAAAAAAUGAUACUAUUCUUCAUAUUUGUACAUUGAAGACAUUAGUUGUUUUAGAUAUUUCACAAAGUAAUUAUUCUCCGAAUCGUGGUAUAUUCAAAGAUGAAAAUAAAACACUAGAACAUAUUGUAAAAAGUCUUCCUGAACUCAUGUCAUUAGAUAUAUCCGGUACAAACUUGGCUGGAAAAGGUAUUGCAGAAAAUCCAGUUCAUGAAUCGUUGAAUGGAACUCAUGGAAAACUAUAUGAUAUUCCUGGCUUACGAACGCGAGCUAACAAGCCAUUCGAAUUUCUAGGCCUUUAUCAUACAAUGUAUAAUGCUUGUCGUCGACAAUUAAUUCCAGCAAAAACUAUAAGCGGUAAUGCUAACGAAGAACAAUUAUUAAUAGCAGCUGGUUUGUAUAUGGAUAGACCAAGUCAAAUUAAAAACAUUCUUUAUGAUGUCAAAUGUUUAGUAAAGGAACAACAGUGGACAAAAAUUGAUGAAGUUUUGGAUAUCGUUCUAGAAGUUUUCACAAGAUAUACAAAUAAAAAAUCAAUUCAAAUGUUGUGCAUUAUUACAAUUAACGACAUUGUGGUAUUCUAUAAAAACUCUUUACUUUUAAAUAACAUACAUGUACAAAAUAAAAUCAUUAGAGCAUUGUUAACGGGAAUAAAUUGUUAUAACUACAGUAAUGAUUUGAUUCGCCAAGGAACUAUGACUUUUCUUCUAUCAUUGGGAUUAGCACAUAAUGGCAAUAAUAUAAAACAGACUGGAACAAGAUAUGUAUGAUGACGCUCUUAAAGUAGUGUGGUCUAUACUGUUGAAUAUAAUGGAUGAAGUACUGAUCAAUUGUAAAAGGUUUCUUGAUAGAAAUGUCAUUAAGGUCUUCUUUAGAUGCUUAAGGAUUUGUUUAAUAACUAAUUUAGUGACAAAGUAAAUUAUAAUAUUCUUCUACUUUUGUAGGCCAUUGAAGGCACAAUUUGUAUUUUUAUCUUCUUCUUUAUCUUCCCCCUACACUCCCAACUACAUGGGGUCGGCCAAAUUUGUAUUUUUAUCUAAUUUAAAAAUUCAUAUAUUUUUAUGCUCAAUAAAAAGUUGAACUAACAUUGAAGUUGGUUUAUAAAUUAUGCAAGAUUUACUCAAUGAUAAUGAUAGUAUGACCAAUCAGCCUGGUAUAAUAUACCGCUAGCUCAAAGAAUCAUUAAUCUAUGUCUCAUAUACAAUAUAAACUGAUGUAGAUAAAUCUGCUAAGUGAAAUCGGUAAGAACUUUUUUCCUUACUCAUAUUUUGGAUAA